GGUGCAGGAGGUCUCCCAGCCCCAGGAACGGUGGGAGAAUGUCAGGCUCGGCGCUGCCCGAGGCACAACCUCCGCGCUCCGCAGCCCCAGGCGCAGCCCGGCCCCCCGACGGGAGCCCCGGGAGGGGCUGAACCCGCCCCGCUGCCGGAGUGUGGGAUCGGCGGAGCUGGGCGGCGGCGGAGAGAGCGGAGCGGAGGAACCGGAGCAGCCCGGCUCCCAUCCCUCGGUGUGUGAGCGGGGACACGCAGCCAAAUCACCCGACGCCAGCGGAGCUGUGCCAGGAGCAGCCGCGGCGGGCGGUGCAGCCGGGCGGGACCGGGGCGGAGCGGCGGGGGCGGAGCGGGGCAGCGCCAUGAGCACGCAGGCGCGGGGCCAGGGAGGGCGCAGAGCGGCCGAUCCCGACGGAGAGAUGCCGGCCACCGAGAAGGACCUGGCGGAGGAUGCGCCGUGGAAGAAGAUCCAGCAGAACACGUUCACGCGCUGGUGCAACGAGCACCUCAAGUGCGUCAACAAGAGCAUCGGGAACCUGCAGCACGACCUGGGCGACGGGCUGCGGCUCAUCGCGCUGCUCGAGGUGCUCAGCCAGAAGCGCAUGUACCGCAAGUACCACCAGCGGCCCACCUUCAGCCAGAUGAAGCUCGAGAACGUCUCAGUGGCGCUGGAGUUCCUGGAGAGGGAGAGGAUCAAACUGGUGUCCAUUGGUGAGUUCUUUUAAUUGUUCUCUCUGAGC